AAGUGGGGUGGAGACUAAACUCUUUCAUCCAUGAUUUACCCCAUGGCUCCUAUAGCUGGCUUUCCUACAGUAGGACAUUUUUAUGUCAGCAGUACGGCAAAAAAACAAUGUCUCGGCUACUUCAGCAGAGGAACUUACAAUCAUCAAAGAAAUGAGAAGAACAAAGUAUGUUACGGAAGCUGUGCUGUGUGAUUCUCCUCAUCAUCCAGAGGGAUACAGAAAGUACACGUGUGAUUGGAGGAUGGAGGACUGUGAUACAGGGAGAGGAUGUGGACUUAUACUGCAGACUGACAGAGACGACAGAGGAUCUCGAACAGAUAACAUGGCAGAAAAGUACUUGGGAAGAAACACAGAACCAUAAUUUUAUGCUGAUUUAUCCCAGUGGGGUUACUAAGUUUAUUGCACCAAAUGGAUUGAGUGGUAGAGUCCAGUUUAUUGGGAACCCAUCAGAGAACCUUGGAUCUAUUCGAAUAACAGCUGUCAGACUGUUGGAUGAAGGCACCUUCACAUGUAUCUUCAGUGUUUUCCCCAGUGGAGCAUACAUUACAGAGAUACCUCUGACUGUGCUUGGUAAGAACUCUUCCUUCACUCUUUGCAGCACUCUUUCUACUUUUGACAGUGUAGAAAGACUGUGUAUGAUAAUCAAUACUCGAAAGCUAAAAAGUUGUUAAGUGAAGCAAAACCAGAAACCUCAUCUAUAGGUUUUUCCUUACCACAGAAAGUCCAUCUUCUCUACACUUAGAAAAAUGGGUUUCCAGAGGGUUUCCAGACAGAUAUGAUUGAUCUACAGUGGCUUGCACAAGUUUUCACCCCAGAGUCAUUUUUCCUAUUUUGUUGCCUUACAACCUGGAAUAAAAAUAUCUUUUGAUUUAUACAACAUGCCUACCACUUUGAAGAUGCAAAAAAAUGUGUGUGUGAAACAAACAAGAAAUAAGACAAAAAAACUGAAAACUUGAGCUGAAUACCUAUUCACCACCCAAAAGUCAAUACUUUGUGGAGCCACCUUUUGCAGCAAUUACAACUGCACGUCUCUUGGGGUAUGUCUCUAUAAGCUUGGCACAUCUAGCCACUGGGAUUUUUGCCCAAUCUUCAAGGUUAAAACUGCUCCAGCUCCUUCUAGUUGGAUGGGUUCCGCUGGUGUACAGCAAUCUUGAAGUUAUACCACAGAUUUGAAAUUGGAUUGAGGUCUGGGCUUUGACUAGGCCAUUCCAAGACAUUUACAUGUUUCCCCUUUAACCACUCGAGUGUUGCUUUAGCAGUAUGCUUAGGGUCAUUGUCCUGCUGGAAGAUGAACCUCUGUCCCAGUCUCAAAUCUCUGGAAGACUGAAACAGGGUUCCCUCAAGAAUGUCCCUGUAUUUAGUGCCAUCCAUUUAGUGCCAUCCAUUAUUCUUUCAAUUCUGACCAGUUUCCCAGUCCCUGCCAAUGAAAAACAUCCCUACAGUCUGAUGCUGCCAUCACCAUGCUUCAUUGUGGGGAUAGGAUUCUCGGGGUGAUGAGAGAUGUUGGGUUUGCGCCAGACAUAGCAUUUUCCUUGAUGGCCAAAAAGCUACAUUUUAGUCUCAUCUGACCAGAGUACCUUCUUCCAUAUGUUUGGGGAUUCUCACACAUGCCUUUUGGUGAACACCAAACGUGUUUUUUUUUUUUCUUCUUAAUAGGGGGCGCUGUUUUCACUUUGGAAAAAAAUGGUGCCCAAAUUAAACAGCCUCGUACUCUGUUCUAGAUCAUACAAUAUGCAUAUUAUUAUUACUAUUGGAUAGAAAACACUCUGAAGUGUCUAGAACUGUUUAACCUGUUUGGCGUGCAAGCCCGACGUAAUAAUAUUUAUGACAACAGCCAGCUCAAAGUGCAGGGCGCGAAAUUCAAAAGAUAUUUUUUUUAAAUAUUUAACUUUCACACAUUAACAAGUCCAAUACAGCAUAUGAAAGGUACACAUCUUGUGAAUCCAGCCAACAUGUCCGAUGUUGAAAAUGUUUUACAGGGAAGACAAAAUAUGUAAAUCUAUUAGCUAACCACGUUAGCAAAAGACACCACUUUUUUUUACUAUAACAGUUUAUUACUCCAUCAGUAGCUAUCACAAAUUCGACCAAAUAAAGAUAUAAAUAGCCACUAACCAAGAAACAACUUCAUCAGAUGACAGUCUGAUAACAUAUUUAUUGUAUAGCAUAUGUUUUGGUUGAAAAAUGUGCAUAUUUCAGGUAUAAAUCAUAGUUUACAUUUCAGCUACAAUCAGAAAUUGCACCGAAAGCAGCCAUAAUAUUUACAGACACCAACGUCAAAUACCUAAUUACUCAUAAAACAUUUCUGAAAAAUACAUAGUGUACAGCAAUUGAAAGACAGGCAUCUUGUGAUUCCAGACAAUAUUUCCGAUUUAUUAAAUGUUUUACAGCGAAAACAAAAUGUAGCGUUAUAUUAACGUUGCCACAAUAGCCAGAAACACUUGGGCGCCGACGACCAGUUCACAUGCGCGACAGAUGUUAGAAAUAGCAUCAUAAAAUGUUUCUUACUUUUGGUGAUCUUCCGUCAGAAUGUUGGACAAGGUGUCCUUUGUCCAGAACAGUCGUUGUUUGGAUCUGGAACGGCAAAUUUCCCUCUUCAUUUAGCAUGGGCACUUGCCAAGUGGCACGGAUCUCUCCAACGUCAACAAAGUCAGAGAACGGAACACGGCAAAACUCCCCAAAAAAUUUCAAUAAUCUGAUUAAACUAUAUUGAAAAAACAUACUUUACGUUGAUAUGGUCACAUGUAUCAAAUAAAAUCUAAACCGGAGAUGUUAGUCGUCCAUAACGACAGCUAAACAGAAGGCAAAUCCAUGUCCCCUUUCGCGCGCUCCAGAAACAGGAAAUGGACGGUCACGUCAUACAAAGAGCUUUAAUUCCACCUCAGACCAAGAUGAACACAAAAUUUCUUCUCUCACAGCCUCUUGACAACCAGGGGAAGGUCUAUGAAGUGUACGCAGACUCUUACGUUUUAUGCCCAUGUAUAGGCAGGACGUUGAACAGAGCAUUGAUUUCUGACAUUCCACUUCCUGGUCAGGAGAUGUGCUGCAGAAUGAGUUCUGUUUCACUCAGAGAAAUAAUUCAAACGGUUUUAGAAACUAGAGAGUGUUUUCUAUCCAAUAGUAAUAAUAAUAUGCAUAUUGUACGAGCAAGAAUCGAGUACGAGGCCGUUUGAAAUUGGCAUCUUUUAUCUGGCUACUCAAUACUGCCCCUUGCAGCCAUAAGAAGUUAAGAACCAGUGUAUCUUUCAUUUGCUGUACAACAUGUAUUUUUUAGUCAAGUUUAUGAUGAGUUCUUUGGUUAGAUUAGGUGAUUGUCCAAAAUAUCUCCGGACAAUUUUGUGCAUUAUGGCUACGUAUUCACAAUGUAAAACCAGGAUUUGUAGCUCUAAAUAUGCACAUUUUCAAACAAAACAUAAAUGUAUUGUAUAACAGGAUGUUAUAAGACUGUCAUCUGAUGAAGUUGUCCAAAGGUUAGUGAUUCAUUUUAUCUCUAUUUGUGGGUUUUGUGAAAGCUAUCUUUACGGUGAAUAAAUGGCUUUGUUUUUUGGGGUAUUGUGGUGAGCUAAUAUAAAUAUAUAUUGUGUUUUCGCUGUAAAAUACUUAAAAAAUCGGAAAUAUUGGCUGGAUUCACAAGAUGUUUAUCUUUCAUUUGCUGUACAACAUGUAUUUUUCAUAAAUGUUUUAUGAUGAGUAUUUAUGUAUU